AUGGCCAUGACACAUCCUCUCAUACCAGAGGACGUGAUUCCACCAGAUCAUGACGCCAGUGCAGCCGAACACGAGCUCCUCGACCAGCUGCUUCGCGAAGGUCUCGCCAUCGACCAGGAUGCUGGUGCGACAGCCGACGAGGAGAUCCUGGCGCGUGCUCGCAAGCUCCUCGAGGUCUUGUUCAACGCGUGCAUCAUGCGACCAUUGAAAUCACUUCCCCCAUCCCAGGUCGACCUUGAACGUGCGCAGCUCACCCUAUCCAUCGUUGCGCGCCAGACCGCCACCCAUGUGGAGGUCCUACACGCAAACUCGACAGAGGCAGAGGAGCCUUUCACGGUGUUCGCGUGGCUCAUCUCGCGUCUGCUUAUUGCCGCGUCAAGGUAUGAGGACCAACCCGGCGCAGCGCCUCUCGUCGAAUCGCUGUGUGAAGGCGCCGUCGGUGUACUCGUUGUCCUGGGCCGCGACCUCAACGAAGUCGGCACGGCGUAUCUGCGCGGGCCACAACGGGUCGUCAACAUUAUGCGGGAAUUGAGGAAGUUUGCCAGAGACUCUUUCGAUUCCAAGUCGCAGCCUCUGUUUGGUUACCCAGACAUGCCAACCAACCUCGACUACCUCCCCCAACUGUUCGCCCUGCACAUUGUCCUCCAAACGCCAGCCCCCCUUGCCAGCGAUACCCACACAUCGUCCGCCAUUGUCCUGUCGGACCUUGCUCAACGUGUCGCACAAUUAUCCGUGCCAAGACAGGCCCGGUACGCGUCUGUCGUCGCCGCUGCCGUGCCCACCGUCCCCGUCCGCCACGCGCUCUCUCGCGCCUGCACGGCCGUUGUCUCUUGGCCCGAGGUCGACAAUGCUCGCUGGCAAGAGUCCGUCAAGAGUGUCAUUGUUGCGAUCGAAAAGGACGGAGACGAUGCUCUGCGCCGUGACGUGUGGUGGGCGAUAAGGGGCCAGGCCGAGGCCUUGGAUGUGUUGACACCCGUCGGACGACAGAAGGCACUCUACCUCCUCUCCCCAGUCGCGCCUCACAUUCCGUCCAGCACCAUCUCCACGAUUGUGUCCGCGAAGACACUAAAGGCCUGGGCGGCGGAGGCGACAGGUGCUGGCGCCAACGACCUGCGCGACCGUCUGAAGCAGUACAUCAAGCUCCCCGCCCCUACGUCCAUUAAGCGCAAGCGUGAGGAGAAUGGUGCCGCGCAGAAGGUUGUGGCUCUCCUUCAAAGCAAGCUACCCGAGCUCGAGGGUGACGAAGAAACGAUCAUGGAAGAGCUUCCCGAGACUAUUGCCAAACUCGACCCGACUGUCAAGUUCGAGCUGAUCGAGUCCACGCCGAACCUUCUUUGCGCAUUGGCUCACUGUACUGGAGAGGACUACCUGCCACAUCACCCCCUGAAUGAGGACGCUGGUGCAAAGUGGUUUGCAGGAUGGGACUCGCUGUCCAAUGAUCUCACACUCAUGCGCGGACUUGAUCGUCGCACCAGGCUGGCUGCUGGCCACCUUGUGUCUGCUCUCUACCGGAUACUGUGUGUUGCAGCCAGCCCGGCUUCCACACAACGCGCUCAGCGGGAGAUCAUAGCCAAGAUUCCAAACACCCUUCUACGACUCGGCUACCCAAUCCAGGAGACAGCCAUGUUGCUGUUGGGCGACCUGGGACAAAUCGCCCCCGACAACCACCUGGGUGAGAUCCUCGAAAUCCUUAUCAAGCAGCUCGGUUCCAAAAGCAGUCCUCUUCGCAGUUUGGCGUAUACGCAGCUUGUCGACAUUGCAGCGUACCGCAACAAGCAGCCUUACAACUUGCUAUCACCCUACGUCGAACGCAUCAGUGUGCUCCUAGCCGAAUCGCUUGUCCCGAACCCGCAAGUCGUGGCCGAGACAAUGCAGUUUAUCGGAUACAAUCGACAGGCCUUCUUCACACUCGAGGCUGCUCGCAAAGCCGUCAUUCCGACGCUUGUUGUUCGCCAGAACCGCCCGGCACUGGAGACACUGUCAAACAUUUUGGGCCAGCGUCUUGGUCUGAUUCUUAUUGAUGAAGGUGCCCCUAUCCUGGCCCAGAUCUUUAUGUCUCCGCGCGCGACCACAGUGUCCGCUCUCAAUUUCGUAGGAUCCCUGCUCAACGAGCUCAUCAACAGCUCAACAGCACCGCCGAAAGCAACUCUCGACAAGUACAUUCGUGCUUCCAUUGUUCCGCUAGUUGUCACGAUCGUCAUUGAGCUUGGUGAUGAGGAUGAAAGCGUUCAAGACGUGGCGAGACAAGCCCUUCACGCUGUUCAGUUGGCUGAACACACGGGUGACAGCCAUGGCGAUCUGGGAACCUUCCUCAAACCUCAUAUGCUCGGUGUUCUCGCAGCGAUGACGGAGCAGCUCAUGACGCCUCGCACACCCGACGCCAACAAGCGCAAGGUCAUCCGCAGCAUCGGCAAGCUCAUUUCUCUGGUCGGCGACUCGAUGGCUUCAUUCUCUCCUCAAAUCAUUGCCAGCUUGCAAAGCACCCUGGAUGUGCCCGCCUUGAGACUCCAGACUCUCGGCACAUGGUUUAUCUUUGUCGAGCUGCUCAAGUUUGCCGAUGUGGGUCCAUUUAUCGGCGCAACAAUCGCAGCGCUGGUGGCCGGCUGGGAAACCUUCUCGUCUGAGGAAAAGGACGCCGCAAGGAACAUUGUCGCUCUCAUAUCUGGCAACGCUGCCCACCUCCAGGCGUUCCAUGACGACAUUGUGCGCUUUGACCAUAUCCAACAGCUCAAGUCUCUGUGCGGCCCGCUUCUCAACUAUCGCAACUCUUGGACGACCAAAGUGUAUCUCGGCAAGCUUAUUGAGCGCAUUGACAACAAGAAUAUUGCUAUUUCAACGGAAACCAUGCGCGAGCUGCGCAACUUGCUCGUGCAGAAGACUAGCGACAUCAUGCAGCUCGCUCGAGGUGACACUUUCGAUCCGAUCGUUGGCCGUCUCGUUCGCUCGCUCCUUGGCGCUGUCACGCGCGACGGCGAAUGCGAUGAGCUGCGCGAUCUGGCUUAUGAGUGCUUUGGCAUCAUUGGUGCUCUGGACCCCGAUCGCUUCGUCACUGCAAAGGAGGAGGCUUCAAUGACCAUCAUGUCCAACUUCAACGACCACGAUGAGUCUGUCAACUUCGCGCUGCACCUUGUUCGUGACCUUCUUGUUAGCGCUUUCCGCUCGACAAACGACACCAAGCACCAGAAGAAUCUGUCCUUUUCCAUUCAGGAGCUUCUCAAGUUUUGCGGGUUUGAUCAGCGACUGGUCAACCGCCAAGGUGCUGGCGUCAAUCUUAAAGUGCGUCAGCGCUGGGAGACCUUGCCAAAGGACGUCCUUGAGACUGUCACGCCGCUGCUCGACGCACAGUUCCAGCAAAACCAGGUCAAGACAACAAAGUUCGACGAUACGAUCUACCCGCAAAUGAACACCUACCGCGAGUGGGUGCAGGCAUGGACUGUCGACCUCAUUGGCCGCGUCAUGGAGGUCCAUCAGGCCGGCGUACCCGGUGACGCCCAACGGAUCUUUGGUGUCUUCAACAGCGAGGCCAAGAACCAGGACGUGGCCGUCGCCCACCACCUUCUCCCUCACCUCGUACUCCACGUUCUCCUAUCGGGCGACGCGGAUGCCCACCACCGGAUCAAAGCCGAGAUCGAAGUCGUGCUGAAAGAUCAGGUCAGCUCAAGCCAUCAGAGCGCGCCCGAGAAGCGCAUGCUCAGUGCCCAGGUGGUCUUUGACCUCAUGGACCACUUGGGUAAAUGGCUUCGCCUCACCCGCAAUGCCAACCGCAACGAACGCAGUUCGACCACCCGUCCAGUCGACCAACUACUCUCAGACAUUGACACUGAGCUGGCUGGCAAGGCAGCGCUCAUGUCGGGUGCAUUCGCCCGUUCUCUUCGCAACAUUGAAGAAUGUGUUGUCCAACUCGGCGAGAAGAAUAGUCCCAAAGCCCAGGGCUACUUUGAGAACAUGCACCGGAUCUACGCCGAGCUCGACGAUCCUGACGGCAUGGAAGGUGUUUCGGCGUUUGUCGUGUCGCCCUCACUAGAGCUCCAGAUCCGCGAGCACGAGAGUACCGGUCGAUGGACAUCGGCACAGAGCUGUUGGGAAGUAAACCUGCAGCAGGAACCCGAGAACGUCAAACAUCAUGUGGGCCUGCUCAAGUGUCUCAAGAACCUGGGUCAUUAUGACACUCUGCGCACUCACAUCCGUGGUGCUCUCAGCCGUCACCCUGAAUGGGCCGAAGAGCUGUCUGCCUUCCAGGCCGAAGCUGCUUGGACCAUUAGAGACUGGGAGACCCUCCAGGCGGUCCGUGACCCCCCACCCAUCGCCAACGUUUUCCUGGCCAUGCGUUCUGGCAAGGGCGUCAACGAAGCCCUCACGGUGGCUCGCAAGCAGAUCGGCAGCGGUCUCACGACACGCGAAUAUCCUCGCGCAUAUGAGACGGUCCUGCAGCUGCAUAUGCUUCGUGAAGUGGAAAUGAUCUACAAUACGAACGCCGCCAUCAUGUUGCCUCCCAACAACAGCGUCCGCUCAGCCAACAGCGAGGCCAUCAUGCGCCGUAACGCCGACACCCUCAUUGAUAACCUGUCGGACCGAUUCAACACUGCCCUGCCCUCCUUCCGCGUCAGCGAGGAGAUUCUCAGCAAGCGCCGAGCUGCAUUCAGUCUUGUUGACUUUGAGCGCCUACGUGGCGAACUGGGCCAAGGGUGGAUCCAGAGUGCCAAGAUUGCCCGCAAGGCUGGCUACGAGCAGACAGCGUACAGCGCUGCCCUGCAGUCUCAACAGUGGAACGCGCCCUUCGCCUUUAUUCAGCAAGCCAAACUCGUUCACAUGCACGGCGGUAUCCUCAAGGCAUUGCGUGAGCUCGCGCACCCCAUUGAAGAGCUCGUCGAGUCGGAAAACAAAAAGUCGGGCAGCGAUGGUGUUAUCGACCUAACAGGCAAUGGUGGCAACCACGAUGGACCCAAGACAGAGGAAGACUUCCGCAUGGAACGCAACUUGGCAAAGGCUUUGCUGCUCGAAGCUCGCUGGACACACGAAGCCGACCGCUUUGAGCAGAACGACGUCAUUCGCAAGUUUAAGAAGGCUACCGAGCUCGGCGCGACCCUAGAAGCACCGUUCUUCCACCUCGGACGAUACUAUGAUACGCUGGCAUCAAGCAUAGCCACAGCCGCAGCCAACAAGGAUACGAAGACGAUGUCGCCGGCGGACGUGGCGAAGGCAGCGGCGGAGGCGGCGGAGGCAAUAGCGACGCACAACCACUUCACCUGUGUCAACUAUGUUGAAGCUCUCCAACGUGGCGUCAAGUAUAUCUACCAGACGAUGCCCCGCCUCCUCACUGUAUGGCUCGACCUUGGCGAGUUCAACGAGAUCACCAAGAAGAACAGCAUCGUCCAACUCAAAGUCCAACAGAUCACCAGGCUCAUGGAGCGCGCUGUUGGAAAGAUUAUGACGUACCAGUUCCUUACAGCGUUCCCGCAGAUGAUCUCGCGCAUCACCCACUCGAACCUCGAGGUCCGUGAGGUGCUCGUCAGGCUCGUCUACCAUGUCAUUCGCGACUACCCGGCCCAGGCUCUCUGGCCAACCAUUGGUGCCAUGCAGUCAACGCGCAAGGACAGGCGAGACAUUGCCGAGACUAUCCUACAAAAGGCGAUGCAAAAAGACGUUAGGGCAGACCUUCAAGCCCGUAUCAACGACGCGCGCAAACUUUCCGGCGUGUUGCUCAGGCUUGCCGAGGACAAGCCGGAGGGUAAGCCUCGCGAAGUGUCCAUUGCGACCAAGUACAAAUACGUCACGACUGCGUUCCCGUCUAGCAUGAUCAUGCCCCUCCAAGACGCUCUCACCUGCGUGCUUCCACCGCCCGGAUCACCUCUCAAGGGACACUUGGCGUUCCCGUCCAUGGCAGUUUCUAUCAAUGACGUCAGCGACCGUGUCGAGAUUAUGCCGUCUCUCCAGCAGCCCAAGAAGCUCGUCUUCAAGGGCACAGAUGGCAAGCGAUACCCGUUCCUGUGCAAGCCACACGACGACCUGCGCAAGGACGCAAGACUCAUGGACUUCAACUCGAUGAUUAACAAGUUCCUCAACGCGGCGUCAACUGCCCGUCGUCGCCACCUGUACAUUCGCACAUAUGCGGUGAUGCCGCUCAAUGAGGAGUGUGGACUCAUCGAGUGGGUCAGCAACACGAACGCUCUGAAGAGCAUUCUAGAAAAAGGAUACGACCGCUACAAGAAGAAAGUUUACUCCAGCGAGGUGCACCAGUAUCUUGAAGCCGCGCGCAAGCAGGAAUAUCACCAACUCCCCAGCGUGUUCGUCAACAAGGUUUUGCCCAUGUAUCGCCCCACCGUGUUUCACGAAUGGUUCCUCACCAACUGGCCCGAACCUUCGGAGUGGCUCACGGCCCGGACCAACUAUGCGCGUACAUUGGCUGUCAUGUCCAUGAUCGGUUUUGUGCUGGGUCUCGGCGAUCGCCACGGCGAGAACAUUCUCUUUGACGGUAUCGCUGGCGACACGGUGCACGUCGACCUCAACUGCCUGUUCGACAAGGCCAGAACGUUUGAGGUGCCCGAGCGCGUGCCGUUCCGCCUUACGCAAAACAUGGUUGACGCGCUAGGUGUGACAGGUGUUGACGGUUCCUUCCGCAAAGCUGCCGAGAUCACAAUGGAGAUUCUUCGUUCCAACGGAGACUCGCUCAUGUCUGUGCUCCAGGCGUUCGUUCACGACCCCUUGGUCGAGUGGACCAAAACGAGUCGGAACCGGGUUGGCAGGUCGGACAAGGACGUGAAGUCCUCGGCAGGCAAAAAAUACCUCGACCCGAUCAAUAAGAAGCUUCGCGGUCUCAUGAACGACACGGAGAUGACUGUUUCCAAACAAGUCGAGGUGCUCAUCAAGGACGCAGUGUCGCCGGACCACUUGUCGCGCAUGUAUAUCGGCUGGGCUCCAUGGCUGUAG